GUAGGACUCUUCCCACAUCCUUUGACUCUUCCCAUGUUCUGUACGCCUUAAUGGUAUACGUAUAUUCUGCUGUCUAGGCCAGACCUGACAAAUUGGAGAUCUAAUUGGGCGAAAAGUUGUACAAAACUGUAGAGGAAUGGUUUAGUUUCUUCUGUAAUUUCGUCUUUGAAUGUGCUGUGGUAACUUUAUUUGACAUCUGCAGAUUGCAGACUGACUUUCUGAGUGAACCGAUGAAUCCUUUAAGCUGACACGACGGUGGAGGCCGCCUUGCACAGUUUCUCCGGAGUAAACACUUCAUUUAUAAAGCGUUAAUAGUGCAAUUAAUUUUGGACUGUUGAAACUGGAACAAGGUUUCCAGCAUGAUUGAACGCAUCGUUGUUCAUGUCACCGUCUCAUUUCUAAUUACCCUUCUUCUACUUGGUUAUGGAAAUGCAGCCCCUUCCAGUCCCUGCAUUCAAGUUGCUGGUUCCUUUGGAAUGAAGAGUUUCUACAUGGGAAAUAAAGAGAUGAACUGGUUUGAAUCUCUUGAAUACUGCCACAGCUUGGGAAUGAGUUUGGCCGUUUUGAGCAAUAAUGACGAAUUUGAGGUGAUAUCAAAGUACCUCCAACAGUGCUCUUACAAGCAGCACCUUUGGGUAGCUGCAACCGACCUAAUGAAAGAAGGACAUUUUCGGUGGCUUGCCAGUGGGAAACCAGUUCCUCGGGGUGGCGCAAAAUGGUUACAGGGUCAGCCAGAUGGAGGCGUUGCACAAAACUGUCUCCUCGUUAAUGGAGUCACUGGAAGGUGGGAAGAUCAGUCUUGUGGAUUUCUAUACAGUCGACCGCUCUGUCAAAAUCAGCCUUAAUCUACCUUUAUUCAGCUAAAAAUAAAAGAUUUAUUCCGAUCCGAAAAGUGCUGAAUC